UUCUGAUGGAUUUGUUUUGAUUAGGUUCGGCUUCAAUUACUCGUAUGUCGAAGGAUUUCCUAAUUUUAUAAAGUAUACUAUUCUGCUGAAAAGUUCUGGUGUAUAAUAAAACAAUGAAAUAUUGCCUAGAGAAAUUGACAAAAUGUUCCGGUCGGCUUGGUAAUAUCAGUAGGAUUGAUAGGUUACCAAAACUUAAAUUACAAACACCGGCUUUGGUGUUACAUUCCAAGGGUGGCAGCAUACCCCACCUUUCAAAAGAAGUCUUCCAAAGCAUGAAUUGUGGGACAAAUAUUGUUCAGUAUUCCCUCACAAAUACGGAACACAUGGAGGAAGCAAUCCGAGCUUGUGGUAAUGGAAUUUCGCAUUAUGUUGCACAAACUGAAAUGAUAUCGUUGCUAGUUCUUCAAGAUCCGGCAGAAUUUCGUCAACCGAGUUUCCACGAAAAAAACCUUGUGCCUAUCUAUAGCCGAAGCGGAAGAACGAAUUUUACUGUUGAUAGGUACAUGACACUUGUGGAAGCCUUCAAACCGGACAUUUACGUUCCACUUUUUGAUGGAGAUACCUACGUAGAUAGUUCCAAGAAGCGUGUUCAAAAAUCUGUGGACAGAACGGAGACCUUUCUGAAGCAGUGUCUAGAAGUGCAUAGAAAGUCGGAAAAUUUAAAAAAUUCAACCAUGUUAGCUCCUUUAGUUGGAGGUUAUAAUAGUGAUAUACGUAAAAAGUACUACCAAUUCUUGUCGGAAUUAGAUCAAGACUUUAGUGGGUACUUAUUAACUGGUUUUCAUUCAAAUGGCUCUUCAGCUACCAAUGUGGACCUGAAUCCGUUGUUAGAAGUUGUAUCUGAUCAGUGUGAAAUACUGCCAAUAGAAAAACCUCGUUUCGCUUUCGGUGCCUUCAAUCCUUUGACCAUUCUUCAACUAAUAUGCCGAGGGGUAGAUAUUUUCGAUACUAGCUACGCUUAUCUUAAAACGCAACAGAAUCGUGCACUGGUAUUCAGUUUCAACAUAGAUGAUAACGAUGUAGAAGAGCGAGACACAGAACUAGACAUGAAAGAUCCUCGAUGGGCGCAAGACUUUACUGGAUUUAUAAGCACCUGCGAAUGUUUAGCGUGCUCCAAACAUACUCGAGCAUAUUCACAUCACCUCUACAACACGCGAGAGAUGUUGGGACCCAUAUUACUUAUGAUACAUAAUCUUCACCAUUUCUUCGAGUUCUUCAAAACUAUUCAAAAACAUGUUUCCGACGACACGGUGCCAGAUUUGAUUAAUCAUUUGACAAAGCAAAAGUUGAUUCCUUUUGACGAAGAAGAAGCAUCGAAAAUUUCUAACCCGAAUUGUCACUUUGUUAGCUCAAGUGCAUUGGAUACGAAUGAGUUGCAAUCAAAAAAGCUGAAGGUGUAAUAAACAGUAA